AUGAAUACCCCUUCAACAAUCCUUGACGCGGUAACAAGACGCCUGCAUCUGCAACCAGAUCACCCUUUGACCAUCACACGGAAACUCAUCGAGUCCCGGUUUCCAGGUUACAAGACUCAUAAUGACCUCUUUCCUAUCGUCACAACUGGACAAAAUUUCGACUCGCUUGGCUUCCCAUUAGACCACAUAGGUCGUAGUAGGACGGAUACAUACUACCUAAACAAGAACACUGUGCUACGAACACAUACUUCAGCGCAUCAAGCCGACACAUUCCGCAACAACGAGAGCGAGGGGUACCUCAUCAGUGCCGAUGUAUACCGAAGAGAUGCGAUUGACAGAAGUCAUUAUCCCGUGUUCCAUCAGAUGGAGGGAGCGCGAACUUGGGAUCGCCAACAAGCAGAAAGAGAAGGCAAGACACUGGCGCAAGUCAUCUGGGAUGAUGUGGAGAAGAUUCCUAAGCACAAUGUUGCAGUUGAAGAUCCAAAUCCUCCUUUUCAUGCUGAGCGCAACCCACUUCAAACAGGUCACUCAGCAGAAGAGGCCGAAGCCAUGGCAGCACAUCUUAAACGCAGUCUCGAAGAUAUGGUAGUUACGGUUUUCAAUGCUGCAAAGAGUGCUACAGAUACGGAAUCACCAAAUGAGCCACUGAAGGUACGAUGGGUAGAAGCCUACUUCCCCUUCACCUCGCCCUCGUGGGAACUCGAGGUCUUUUGGCAAGGCGAUUGGCUCGAAGUCCUCGGUUGUGGCAUCGUCUCACAACCCAUCUUGAACAACGCCUCGGUCCCUACACGCAUAGGCUGGGCUUUCGGUAUAGGUCUGGAACGCAUCGCUAUGUUGCUCUACUCUAUCCCAGACAUACGCCUGUUCUGGUCAAAGGACAAUCGGUUCUUAUCGCAAUUUAGUGAGCAGAAAACCAUGUGCCGCUUCGUGCCCUUCAGCAAACACCCUGCAUGUUUCAAGGAUGUAAGCUUCUGGUUGAGAAGUAGUUCUAACGCUGCUGGUGGAGCCGUAGCGGUUCAUCCACCUGCAGGAGGCAUGUCAAACAACACGCCCACAACAUCAUCCGGUGCACCAAUUCCACCAGCGGCUCCCGCGCCAUCAUCCUCCAGUUUCCAUGAAAAUGAUGUGAUGGAAAUCGCGCGAGAGGUCUGCGGUGAUCUAGUGGAAGAUGUGCGUCUCACGGAUGAAUUCGUGCAUCCCAAGACUGGACGCAAGAGCUUGUGCUAUCGCAUCAACUACCGCAGCCUGGAACGCACACUCACGAAUGAAGAGACUAAUGAGCUGCACGAGCGGCUGAGGGGCUUGCUUGUGGAGAGGCUGGGCAUUGAACUAAGAUAG